AUGGUAGGACUGUUCAAAAACGCCAUCAAGCACGCUCUGAACAACAAAACACCGCAAUUUGACAACCUCUACACUCUCGCAAAAGAAGCUGAAGCAAUUUGCAAUUGCAGGCCUUUAACAUAUGUCAACGAACAGCCUGACUUCAUACCUCUGAGACCGGUAGAUUUUAUUCGCCCCAGAGCUAUUCUUUCAGCCCCACGACUUCUCGAUGAAGAUGACGAAUGGAAACCAAUAUACACCACCAGAGACGAUCUGAUCCAAAACUGGCGAUUCGGACUACACCUUUUGGACAAUUUCUGGAAAAGAUGGUCAAAUGAAUACCUAACGAGCCUUCGCGAAAGAUACCAGUCAUCUCAUCCUCACCCAAGAAGCUAUGAAGAAGAUCAUCCUCGACACGGAGAAUUCGUACUCAUCAAAGACAACAACCUCAAAAGAGGCCAAUGGAAAUUAGGACAAGUUUGUGGAUCGUGUGAUGACUAUCAAAGAUCAGUGCAAAUUCGGUUACCCUCCAAAAGGGUGAUAACACGUCCACUAAAUCUUAUAUCUCGCUUCGAGAUAAACGCAAACAAUCAAGAUCACUCAACAUCAACAACCGCAAUGGAAUCUUCAAAUAUACAUCCAAUGGUCACUCGCUCCAAAGCACGUCAACAACGUCACUUGAACUUUACAUACAUGUCGCUCGCACUAUCAGCACUUACACUCAUAUCGCAAGCCACAACGCAUUCGAAAUGCCCGAAAGAGAUCAACAUUCCCAAAAGGAUACUGCAUACAACCGCUUGUACAAGCCAGGGAGCAGCAGUCGCAAGCUAUACAACCAGCACAGGAGAAGAUUUAUGUUGGUUCCCGGUUCAAUGUCCUAAUGGAGACAUUCAAGCAGCACAAACAUCCAACAUACAACUUUGUGGAGCCAAAUGUAAGUGUCCACAAUGGUCUCAGUUUUGCUCACAUUAUACUGGACACCGAACAACUCAUUCGACUCUGGCAAAUUUUCCUUCUCAUCUGAAAAACUUCACACCGUCAGAAGUAUGCUCCUUUCAGUCAACUCCUUCGUGUCAUCCACACAAAAGAAUCGGAUCCUUCAACCAGAUUGAACUAUAUGACCAAACUCAACUAAUAGUUCCAAAUCUCGAUGUAAAAAUCAGAGACUAUAUCGACUCCACCGACUUCAUCUGUGUCAACCCAAAAGGAGAAAUUAGCACUAACGAUCCACCAUUCAAAGGGACUUCAUUCUUCUGUGAGAAGCAACAAUGCGAUCAGAACGCUAAGAAAUUCUGUCUUUACGACAAGCCAAUCGCCUUGUACAGCUUCGAUAACCUUAGAGAACCAAACUCCAUAAUUCCCAUUAAAGCCUGGGGAACAGUACUUCGCGAAUUUUACCCACAUCCACUACAGAACAAUACCAAAAACACCAAGUUGCACAUAACAUGUGCGAAAGGAGGUUUAGACGUACGUUCGUCAACCAUCAUCGACACCUUCGAAGCAUGCAUUUCUUCAUACUGCAUCUAUGCCAAGCACAUAUCUGAAACGACAAUCCUGUUCCCAACUGAACUUAUCAUCUUCAAGUAUUCGGUAGCAAUCACAAUAUGGACGGACGGAAUCCAAAUCCACAACUCAUCAUUGUCUUGCUCAGCCCAGCCAAUAUGUGAAAUUCUACACUGCACAUUCUGCUUCGAAUACCUGCUCAACUCACAAUGUUGGGACUACAUGAACGUCAUUCUUAUCUUCUCGUCAUGUGUAAUCAUUGCAGUGGCAUACUGGACUAUAAUCCCACUACUGAUCCUCACAAGACAAAUAGUCCGCAUACCUCUACGAAUCCUCAAACUCGCUUGGCAUGCAAUGAUCAGAGUCAUAACACUCUUCAAACAUAGAGCGAAUACCCAUUCUACGUCAACUCCGAUCACUCCGUAUCGACGACUAAAACGCGAAAGAAGACGAGAACGACCAACUAAACGCCUCCUCACCCUGGUGAGUAUCGUAUCAUUCUCUCUCCAUUUCGAUUUGGUGAGAACAUGCUCUGACGUGGUCACGAUGACGUCUACAGUUGACUCAUGUUCCAAAGAUGGUGAAAACGAAACAUGUUUUUUCAAUCAAGGAACUUUACUAGCACUCCAACCACUUGGACAAGAAGUGUGCUUAUCAAUGAGAAACUAUCAAAACAAAUCCAUUGGACUGCUCACAUUUCGUAUCCAUGGAAUAUAUCACAUCUGUCACAAGAAAAUCGAAUAUUUCACCCGCGACCACCAAUUUCUGACGGAAUCUUCCCAUAGAUGUUAUUGGGCCGGAAGUUGUAAAAGCGGAGUAUGCGACAAUACGAAAACUUCAGACAAAAUCAAAGAACUCAGUCACAAAGCCAACCACCAUCCAGGCUUCACAUUUUGCACACCAAGUUGUCAAUGUUGCGACGGUUGUUUCUUCUGCAAACCGUCUUGUCUCUUUUAUCGGUACUUCGCAGUACCCACGUCCGAUACUAUCUAUACGGUAUUCACUUGUCCCACCUGGGAGCUUACCGUAUCAGCUGUAGUGACACUACAAGAACAAGAUAAUAUCCAAACACAUCAAGUCGUUUUACAUCCAGGAAAGGCCGUAGCUAUCAACAACAUCAAAUUCUCACUCAUGGCCAUCACGACGCCACAACUACCCAUACUAUCUGCAACAUUCAUUGAGGACAAUAGAAGAACCGCACAAAUAAUGCAAGUGCAAGCAAAUCAACUCAUACCACAGACCCCUGCGCAAUUCCAGUGCCCGUCGUUUGAUGAUGCCAAAAGAUUCAACUGCCGUUUCGCAGCAAAUACAUGCACUUGCUCCAGCGGCACAUCGAAGACCAGCUGCGUCUGCGCCGAAGGAAUUAUGGAACCAUACAUGCACCAAAACACUCUUCCCUUGGUCACCAAGCUCGUCACAAUCAAAAAAGUCAACAAUACUCUCCAAGCACACUCCCAUGUUGGCUCCUCAGUUCAAGUUCAAGUGACCAUGAACAACUUCAAACUCAAAUCUAUCCACACAGUGGAGAAAUGCAGAAUCGAAUCACCAACGAUUCAGGGAUGCUACUCCUGCAUUUUGGGAGCCGGAGUAGACCUGAUCUGCUACAGCAGCGAAACAGACACAACUGCAGAUAUCACAUGUGCUGGACAACUCCAAAUAGCAUCUUGCUCUAAACAAGGAAAAAUGAACUCCCUCACAUUUCACUUCGACAAAUCCGCAGUCUCCAUCAACUGCACAAUCGUUUGCUCAGGAGGGAGCUCCUCUUUUCUGCUACAAGGGACGCUCAAUUAUGUUAACGAUCGAAACCUACAAAUGGAAAAGGAUGUAGAAGAC